AUGGCAUUACGUCACUACAAGCCACAAAAAGUUUGCCAUGAUGUUGAAGUUUACAAAAAUGAAAAUGACAAUGACAAUAAAAAAUUCUUCAAAAUUAAUGAUGAGAGAAUUCCAUUUGAGGAAUUUAAAGUUGAACAACUUGAAAGGCUUAUCUCUCAUAGAGGAAUGUUUGGAAGAUCUGAUAUACUAAUUCUUUGGCAAGUUGAUAUCGAUAAAAAUGGAUAUGAACCUACGGAGGAAGAUAACAUCAGAAUUGUUGCCGUCAUCGCAACCACCUACACUGCAGGUCCCUCCCAGCAAGGCAUUCCACAAAAUGGGGUUGAUUGGAAAAAUGUUAAUUUGGUUUACAACUGGAUGAGAGAGUUAAAACGACCUAGUGAGAUUAAGAAGCUUGUGCUUGUAAGUGCCAAAUUCCCUUUACAAGGACGAGAUGAAACACUUAAAGUACUACUUCAUGGCAAUGAAACACAUAAUGGGAUUUGCACAGGGAAAAGUCAAUUUCUCCAGGAGCUUCCGGCUCUUUUACUGAAUCACAAUGUGGAUGAAUUGAAAAAUUUAAAAAUAUUAUCUGUCAAUGUUACUUUUAAUGGAGGAUUUAUUGCAUUAGAGGAUGAGAUUUAUGCUGGACCUGCAUCAGUUGCAUUGCGAAUACUUUAUAAACACUUUCUUUCCAAUGUUGGUGGAGAUAUUGAUCUUACCAUCCUUGGCAUCGAUGAGCUAAAGUGUCUUUACAGUAUGGGAUUACCAAGAACAAGUGUUAAUCCAGUUCAAGAAAUAGUACAUUCUGUUGGGUCGUUAGCUACAGCUCUAGGAAAAAUAAUCUAUGUACCGAUAUUGGCUGGAAGGAUACAAGGUCCUCUUGAGAAAAUGAUUAUAGAAUCGGGAUAUAAUAUUCUACGUCUACCGCUCUGUCUACUUUCGAAUACAGAGAUGAUUAACAUUGACUCACAUAUAGCAAAUUUCAAUCACAACAACAAAACUUCCAACACUGCUGUGUUAGUGAUAUUGGUGGGCAUGUGUGUCAGAAAUGAACUUUUAGAGCGAUGUCCAUUUAGAAGAUUUUUAGCUAGUAUGAAACAAGUAGUUGCGCAAUCUAUCCUUAACAUUCCUGUGAACAAGAAUGAUGAAAUUGAAAAGGUGUCACCUAUGUUGACCUCUCAUCAAAAGUUUGAAAUAGGAAAAUUUUGGGAUGUGAUAUUUGAUCAAGAAUCCUAUGUCUUGUGGCAGGGUUUUGAAGAUUUUAAUAUGCGAUUUUGGGUUUUACGCCUUCAACUCUUUAAAGUGUUAUAUGAAACAGUAACGUUAGAAAAUCUUUUCAGAGGUGCAUAUUACGGUAAUCUCACCUUUUUGGAUCAUAGAUUUCAUCUCCCUACUAUGGAAAAAUAUUAUGUAGAACUUGGAUAUCAAUAUCCUUACACAAUGCAAAAUGAGCACUUGUCGCUUGGCACAGUAUUUAAGAAUGGUGAAGGAGCCCCAUGGGAUAUCUUUUUUUUCUUAGAUAAUUAUCUUAUUGCAAUUCAGGUUAAAUCUUCAAAUGUCACAGCUGGACAGCCCCAAACCUUAUCUAAGGGGUUGGUGGAUAAAGAGUACAACAAAGUUAAUGAUGCAUUUGAAGUUAUGAAGAAAUCAUUUGAGAGCGAAAGUCCCAUUAAGCAUUGGUAUGGAAAAUGUCAGGAAAAUUUCCGUGCGUCCGGAAAACAUUCGGAAACGGUCAUGGCAAAAGAUUGUUUGAACUCUUUACCAGAAAACUGUUUUGUGGUAUAUCGCGAAAACUUUAAGGACUUCUAUGGGCAUACAUUUUCGACCCGUGCUGAAUUUGCUGCAGAUAACGACCAAUUGGAUGCAAAUAUUGCUGAGGAAUACGAAUUAAAAACGAUUAGAGGAAUAGGAAAGAAAAUUACAUUUGACAUCAAGAAUGAAAGACCAUUUGAGGAUGAAAAUGAUCUAUAUAAUAAGGUUAAAAACAUUCCUAUGGAGGCGAGAAAAAAUAUUAAGGUUACGAAGAUAAAUUGUAAUUAA